UCAUAAGAUUGUUAGUCAUAGCUCUUUUUUUUUUUCGUUUUAUAUUUUCAGAUCUGAACUCUGAGUCUCCUUGUUGUCAAUCAAGCCAUGUCUUUGUUCUUGCAUGCUGGAAACACAAACAAAAAUGCCUUUAAGGCACUCAUUGCCGCUGAAUACAGUGGCGUGGAGGUCAAAUUGGUUCAGAACUUUGAGAUGGGUGUCUCGAAUAAAACUCCUGAGUUCCUCAAAAUGAACCCUAUUGGAAAGGUUCCUGUGCUAGAAACACCCGAGGGUCCCAUAUUUGAGAGCAAUGCUAUUGCUCGUUACGUUACUCGCUCAAAGGCUGACAAUCCUCUAUUCGGUUCUACAUUGAUUGAUUAUGCUCGUAUUGAGCAGUGGAUUGAUUUUGCAUCCAUGGAAGUUGAUGCUAAUAUUGCAAAAUGGCUCUAUCCAAGAGUUGGUUUGUCUGUCUACCUUCCUCCCGCCGAGGAAGCUGCUAUUGCUUCAUUGAAGAGAGCACUGGGCUCAUUAAGCACUCACCUUGCUUCCAAUACCUACCUGGUUGGGCACUCAGUCACCCUUGCUGACAUUAUCAUGACAUGCAAUCUCUAUAUGGGUUUUUUCCAUAUAAUGACGAAGAGUUUUACCUCGGAAUUCCCUCACAUCGAGAGGUACUUCUGGACCAUGGUUAAUCAGCCAAAUUUCAAGAAGAUUAUCGGUGAAGUAAAGCAGGCAGAGACCAUGCCACCUGUUACAUUGAAGAAGCCUGCAGCUCAGCCGAAAGAGACUAAACCAAAGGCCAAGGCUGAACCAAAGAAAGAAACAAAAAAGGAGGCUGAGAAACCGCCAGCAAAGGCUGAGGCUGCUGAGGAGGAAGAGGCACCAAAGCCCAAACCGAAGAAUCCUCUCGAUUUGCUGCCGCCCAGUAAGAUGGUACUCGACGAUUGGAAGAGGCUGUACUCCAACACAAAGACAAAUUUCCGUGAGGUUGCAAUUAAAGGGUUCUGGGACAUGUACGAUCCCGAAGGAUUCUCACUCUGGUUCUGCGACUACAAAUACAAUGAGGAGAAUACAGUCUCAUUUGUCACCAUGAACAAAGUAGGAGGGUUCUUACAGAGAAUGGAUUUGGCGCGCAAAUAUGCAUUCGGGAAGAUGUUGGUAAUCGGAGCCGAGCCCCCAUUCAAGGUCAAAGGAUUAUGGCUUUUCCGCGGGCAAGAAAUUCCUCAAUUCGUCCUCGACGAGUGCUACGACAUGGAACUGUAUGAGUGGAAGAAGGUCGAUAUCACCGAUGAAGAACAGAAGGAACGAGCGAGUCAGAUGAUAGAAGACUGUGAACCUUUUGAGGGAGAGCCUCUGUUGGAUGCCAAGUGCUUUAAAUGAGAAGCUAGCAAUCUCUCUUCCCUUUACCUUCUAUUUUCUAUGCUAUGAUAUUUCAAUUUUUGGUAGACUCGUGUGUCAUUUCAACCAAGUUUUCCUCUUCAGAUGUAUGAACUAGGAUGGGUUUAAGUGCUAUUUUUGUUUCACAAUU